AUGGCAAAGAUGCGGACGGCUUUAGCUUUGUUCCUUGCACUUUUGACCACUCAGGCCCAGAAUAUUCUCACUGGCCAGAGUCCCCCGCGAAAGUACUCCAUCGACAACAUUGUCCCAACCACUGACAAGGCCUCUGGUCACGUUAAGUGUUGUCCCGAAGGUGCCGAAUUUGACGGAAAGAGCUGUGUUCUCGCCAUUCCCAUUUGCCCCGAAGGCAGCCAGCGUGAUGGUGACAAGUGUGUUUUCCACUCCAAGCCGCUCUGUGACACUGGAUACGAUCUGAAAGAUGGACUCUGCGUGACUACUAUACCUCCUACCUGCGAAGAUAACACCAUCUUGAAGGGUGCUCACUGUGUUCUUGAGGGUACUGCCAAAUGUGGAACUGGAUACGUUCUAGACGGCAACGUCUGUGUUUCCCUUACACCCCCUUCCUGCCCUGACGGUCAAAACUUCAACGGAAACUCUUGUGCCUCUAUCAAAAUUCCAAAGUGCCAAGAUGGCUCAAAGCUUGAAGGUGGGCUAUGUAUUGAUGAGAAGCCUCCAUUUUGUCCAUCCGGAACCAAAUUCGACGACACAAGCCUCAGAUGUACCUCAGAGAAGGUACCUGGUUGCCCAGAAGAUACCAUUCUCCAAGACCAGCAAUGCAUCUCAAAGGUUGGCCCUCGUUGCCCUCAAGGAGGUGACUUCAGCCCAAAGACUGGAUCUUGUGCCAUUAUUGAGCGGCCUAGCUGUCCCCAGGGAACCAUCUUACAAGAUAAAAAAUGCAUCUAUAAUGGUGAGAUGCAAUGUGAGCAAGGCACAGAACUUUCAACUGAUGGGGCCCAAAAGUCUUCCCGCUGCUGUCCGUUGAGUAUGACAUGGGAUGGAAAGGUUUGCUCUACAAGGCCAAUUGAUGGAAAGUGCCCUGAUGGUACCCCUGCUAUCAAUGGACUAUGUGAGAAGUACUCCAACCCUACUCCAAACUGUCCUCCAGGAACGAAGCUUGAGAAUACACAAUGUGUCUUGCAGCAGCUCCCUUCCUGCCCUCAAGGAACAUUCCCUGAAGGCGAGCUAUGCAGUCUUGUCGUCAAGCCGGAGUGUGCCAAAGAUUUCCUCUUGGUGGGUGCCGACUGUGUCUUCCAUAAAACUCCUGUCUGCCCUGAUAAUACCAAGCCAAAUGGAAACAAAUGCAUCAGCUAUACCACUCCAUCCUGCGAUAAAUCUGCUCAUUGGGACGGAAGGCAGUGUAUUGUAGACGGCCAUGCUGUAUGUGAGGAGGGAAUCCAAUAUGGUGAUGACUGCAUUAUUGGAAGUCGACCUGUAUGCAAGGAUGGUGCUUCAUUCGAUGGCUCCAAGUGUGUUUGGAACGGAACUCCUGAGUGUGCUCAAGGAACUGUUCUCAACGUCAAUGGAUUAUGUAUCACCAACACAACUCCUCAAUGCCCCCGGAACACCAAGUUCCAGAACGGAUACUGUGUGUAUGGCUCGCCAAGCUGCCCUGAUGGUCAAGUUCUUCUCAACGGACGCUGUGAAACUGCCGGCAACCCUGAAUGCCCCAUCAAUUUCUCCUGGAAGGGAGGAAAAUGUGUUCGCGUGGUGGAAGAGCACUGCGAAGAAGGCUAUAUUCUCAAGGACGGCCAAUGUAUCUCUACCACCAAUCCUGACUGUGGAAAGCUGACUUUCAACGGCAAGGCUUGUGUUGCUGAGAAGCCCCAAUGUCCAGAAGGAACCUACCAUGAAGGUGACAGCUGCUUUUCCGUCAUUGACCCUCACUGCCCACUUGGAUUCAAGAUUGAGGGCUCGAGGUGCCUUUCUGAGAAGUUGCCACAGUGCCCUACUGGAACUGACUAUGAUAAAGUCAGCAAAGAUUGUGUUUCCAUCAAGACCCCCGAGUGCCCUAAGGGCCAGACAUUUACUGGAACCUACUGUGCGCUUGUCACUGGUACUACAUGUAUGGACUUCCAGUUCUGUGAUACAGAAUCUUAUGGAAAGGGAUGCUUGAGUACGCCCGGCGAAGGAAUCACCUGUGACGAAAAACAUUCCCAGAAACCCGCUGAUACGCGCCAACCACCUAUUGGCGUCCAGCAGCCUAUGACUGGCGAGUGGUCUGGCAACUGGAAUGAGCGCCCAAACUCUGGACCUGGCUACAAUCCUACCACUGGGCAAUUAGGCAACUGGAACGAGCAGCCAAGCACUGGGUCAGGUUAUAACCCGGGCUACAACCCCAAUGCCGGACAGUACGAACAGUCUGGUAAUUGGAAUGAGCAGUUAAACACUGGACCUGGAUACAAUCCUACCACUGGGCAAUCAGGCAAUUGGAAUCAGCAGCCAAAUAUCGGGUCUGGCUAUAACCCUACCACUGGCCAGCCUGGUAACUGGAACGAGCAGCCAAACACUGGUGGAUACAGCUCUGGAAAUUCGGGCAACUGGAACGAACGCCCGGCUGUUUGA